AUGAAGCCGGAGCGCUAUUAUAGUCUCCAGAUGAAUAUCCAUAGGAAGAAUAGACUUGAAGAACAAUUAGUCAGUGUUACAGAUCCGACGGACUUUUCCAGGACUUUACUCCCACAAAUGGUGGAAUUUGAUACUCUUCUGAGAUGCCAUAUAUGCAAAGAUUUCAUAAAAGCACCGGUUUUAACGCCAUGUGGCCACACAUUUUGCUCUCUGUGCAUACGAGAAUAUUUAAAUAGGGAAAUGAAGUGUCCUUUAUGUUUAGUGGAAUUGCGAGAGUCGAUGUUGCGAAGCGAUUUUCUAGUAAGUGAGAUCGUGGGCAGCUUCAAAAGUAUCAGAGCCGAACUGAUAAAAUUUUUAGAACCAGGCAAGUGUCCGCCUUUAGAUGCUGGAAAUCAGCAAGGUGGAUGUGGUUCACCUAUCGAAAUUGCAUCCGGAGAUCCCGUUGAGGGAACCGACGAAAAUGAACAAGACGAGGACGAGGACGACGACGUGCGAAUAAUAUCAAUGUCCAAGUGGGAGAACGACGACCAACAAGCCAGACAGCACUUAUUCAGCUCCCCGUCAGCGAGAAAAAGACAGAGAACGGACAGCCCUGUCGUUUCCACUAUAGACAAUAUGCUGGUGAAACCCAAGACAGAGGCCAAAUUGGCCGAUGCGCAGUGUCCGAUAUGCCAGAGGUAUUUCGUUCUUGAUUACCUUCAAAGAACGCAUUUAGACGAGUGUUUAAAUGGCAUUGCUGGAAACGUUGGGGCUGAAGAGCCUUCUGGCUCGGUCGCUACGAGAAAUCCAGUGCGACAGAGAGAACCUGCUACUGAAACUUUAUCAAAGCCUCAAGUCCCCAAAGUGGACUCUGAGCAGUUCGUUAUAAGAUAUUUGGAAUCAGGCCAAAAUCGAAACUUCAACAGGUUACCAAAACUAAAUUACUCUUCACUAUCUCAAUCCCAAUUGAAGCAGAAGCUUUUGGCUUUGAAGCUUCCCACUUCUGGAUCGAGAAAGCAAAUGAUAAGCAGAUACAAUCAUUACGAAAUGUUAUGGAAUAGUAAUUUUCUUGAUUCUCUAGAACUGGUUGACGAACGUGAGCUACGAAGAAGACUGGCAAGCUGGGAGUCUACUCACAACAAUUCAGGAAGUCAAACGAAAAGCAUCAUAUCCACCAUGAUGGGCGGUGCCACUGCGAAACUCAAAGAUUUCAAGAAUGAUAGAUUCGAUCGCAAAGGCUGGAUGCUGGAACAUCGACAUGAAUUUAAAGAACUAAUAAAAGAAGCACGCUCUAAACUUGGGAAGAAGGAAGAGAUUUCAAUUUACUCUAAUCAUACUGAACUCUCUCAAGAAAAAUCUAUUGAGUUUCCGCAGUCACAGGGUUCCCCGUCAAGCGCCCAAAUGCUACCUCAAGGAUCGCAAGGUCAAAGGGAGAACAAUUAA